AUGACGAUAUGUUUAACUCAUACGGGUUCAUUCAUGGCAUUUCUAGAUCGUGAUAACACCCCCUUGACCCCGACUCCCCAGGCCAUCUUGAGCAUCACACAUCCUUCUCUUCCAUACUACCAGGUUUCCCAGGUCUUGCAAUCAUACCCUUUUACCCAGCGCGCAGAAACGAUACCCAGUCCCUUUUACACACACACACACACACACACACACACACACGGAGAAAACAACAGGUCAAUAGCAACCAUGGGAAACGUUGGAGAUGACCGGGAGCCUACCCGCGAGAAUGAUACCAUGUUCCAGGCCUUCGAGUGGAACGUCCCGGCCGACAAGCAGCACUGGAAGCGCCUGACGGGCGCCGUUCCCAAGCUGAAGGCCAUCGGAGUCGACAACAUCUGGCUCCCUCCCGGGUGCAAAGCGCAGUCUGCCGAGGGAAACGGCUACGAUAUCUACGACCUCUACGACCUCGGCGAGUUCGACCAGAAGGGCGGCAAGGCCACGAAAUGGGGCCCCAAGGAGGACCUGGUGGAGCUGUGCAAGGUGGCCAAGGAGAACGGCAUCGGCGUCUACUGGGACGCCGUGCUGAACCACAAGGCGGGCGCCGACAAGACGGAGCGGUGCCGCGUCGUCGAGGUGGACGACAACGACCGCAACAAGGAGGUCUCGGACCCGUACGAGAUCGAGGCGUGGCUGGGCUUCGACUUCCCCGGCCGUGGGGACAAGUACUCGAGCAUGAAGUGGCACUGGGAGCACUUUGGCGGCACCGACUGGGACCAGGCGAACGAGCGCAAGGCCAUCUUCAAGAUCCUGGGCGACCACAAGGAGUGGUCGCAGUCCGUCGGCGACGAGCAGGGCAACGCCGACUACAUGAUGUUCGCCGACGUCGACUACUCGCACCCGGAGGUCCAGGAGGACGUCAAGAACUGGGCCGUCUGGAUCACCAAGGAGCUCGGCAUCAAGGGCUUCCGUCUCGACGCCGUCCAGCACUUCAGCCAGCGCUUCACCAACGAGCUGAUCGACAACCUGCGCGACGAGUGCGGCAAGGACAUGUUCGUCGUCGGCGAGUUCUGGACCGCCAACACGGGGGAGAUGACCGAGUGGCUCGACACCAUGGACCACAAGUUCUCGCUGUACGACGCGCCUCUCGUCUACAACUUCAGCAGCAUCAGCACCACCGAGGGCGGCGACCUGCGCAAGGUCUUUGACGGCACCCUCGUCCAGGCGCACCCCAUCAACGCCGUCACCGUGGUGAUGAACCACGACACGCAGCCGGGCCAGACCAUGGACACCAAGAUCGAGGGCUUCUUCAAGCCGCUGGCCUACUCCCUGAUCCUGCUCCGCAAGGAGGGCUACCCGUGCCCCUUCUACGGCGACCUGUACGGCCUGCAAAAGGACUCGGAGCCGCCCUCGUGCGGCGGCAAGCUCGCCGACCUCGUGCUGGCCCGCAAGCUCUACGCCUACGGCUCCCAGGAAGACUACUGGGACGACGCGAACUGCAUCGGCUUCGCCCGGCGCGGGACGUGGGACAAGCCGGACGGCCUCGCGUGCGUGAUGAGCAACGCGGGGCCCGGCGAGAUCCGCAUGGCGGUGGGCAAGGAGCACACGGGCGAGCGCUGGACGGACGUGCUCGGGUGGGAGGAGGGCGAGGUGGUCAUCGACGACGAAGGGUACGGCGUCUUCAAGUGCCCGGGCAUCUCGGUCUCCGUCUGGGUGAACAAGGACGCCGAGGGCCGCGAGAGGUUCCCGACCAACUUUGACUCGGACAUUUACAAGAAGUGA